CAGCAGUGCUUAAGAUAAACCGUUACCGAGAAGAUCGUUCUCACUUCCUUGUGAUUGAUCCUCGAAAUUCUUAUUAUCUAUUAAAUGCGGACGGUAAUUGCGAAUCACUGCAAACCGAGCUUGAAGGAUUGUUCAAGACUGAGAAAAUCAAGGGAAAAGCUGGAUUAGUGCCACCUCCUACGGAUCUAAAGGAAGCGUUGAAAAAUCAUGAUCUUUUCCUAUAUUUUGGGCAUGGUACUGGAGAGCAAUAUAUUCCCAUGGGGGAAGUAGAGAAUAUGGGCAAAUGUUCUGCAGCUUUUCUUAUGGGAUGCCGCAGCGGUUUGCCAUAUAGAGGAAGCAGGUAUGUACCAAAAAGUGCUCCGAUAUGUUUCCUGCUAUCCGGUUCCCCUGUCAUUGUGGCAAACUUGUGGGAUGUAACAAUUGAUAUUGCCGAGUUUGGGAAGGCAAUGUUAGAAAGUUGCUGGAGAGAGAGGAGUGACGAUGUUAAACCAGAGAGAAUUGGGUCACUCAUGGCUGAUGCACGUAAUGCCUGCACUCUGCAAUUCUUGACAGGGGCUGCCGUCGUGUGUUAUGGUGUCCCAACUGCUAUCAGAACAAAGAGAAGAAAAAGACUUGAAGCCAAUGUAUGAAUUUUUUUGAUAUUACUAGGACAUUCAAAAUAUUGAUGAUUUAGAAGAUUUUCUUCCUUAUUUUUUGUGUUCAACUUAAUAAUGAAU